AUGUUUCAAGUAUCCAAAAGAUCCAUCACAUCCCCAUUCAAACCAUCAAUAAUACACCCAUGGAUUAGAUAUUCUUCAUCAAGUUCAUCAUCAUCAAACCCUUCAUCAACUUCACCAGAUGUUUCUCAAACUAAAGAAUCAAAUGAAUUAGAUAAUGAUCAUACUAAUGAAACUAUAAACACUUCUAUGGAUACUGAUUUGAAAGCUUCUAUAAGUACUUUGAAUCAUACUUCAAAUAUUGAACAAACCACCACCACCACAACCACCACAACAACAACAUCUCCAAUAAUAACAAAAACACGUAAAAGAUCUUAUAAAUCAUCUAAACCAUUCCAAAAAAAAGUACCAACAUCUUUUAAUAUCCCAUAUGUGGCAACAACUCAACAUUUAGAUUAUUCUAAAAUCACACAAGAUUUAUUUUAUCAAAAAUUUAGACCAUUAUUAACACCAAUAAAAGAUCAAAAAAAAUUUAAUUCCCUUUCAACAACUCUAACACCAUCAGAACCAAAAAAUAAUAAAGCAUAUUGGAAUACCUCGGUUUGUGAUCAAGAACAAUUCCAAGAUUUAAAUUGUGUACCAAAAUUUAUUGGUGAUGGUAUGAAAGCUUGGAAAAAACCUGGUCCUCCUGGUAAUGAAAUUAGAAUUUGGUCUCGUGAUGAUGGGAAUAUGAAAAUUUCAAAUAAAGUUAAGAAAAUUUUGAUUAAAUUGAAUGAAAAUGAUAAGAAAAAGAUUACUGCUUAUAGAUAUUAUCAAGAUUUUAAAUAA